CCCGCAUCCAGCGCUCUCACGGCCACCACGGCCGUGCCCGUGUCGUUGAUGCUGGCGACCGCCGCAGACCGGAGGUAGAAUCCAGGGCGCGGAGCCAUGAAGCUGAACGAGCGGAGCUUGGUCUUCUACGCCACCGGCGAUUCCCCUGCCGACAACGCCGGCUUCCUUUACAAGCGCGGCGAGCGGCACACGGCCUAUCACCGCCGCUGGUUCGUGCUCAAGGGCAACAUGCUCUUCUACUUCGAGGAGCGCGACAGCCGGGAGCCCGUGGGCGUCAUCGUGCUGGAGGGCUGCAAUGUGGAGCUCUGCGAGGCAGCCGAGAGCUAUGCCUUCGCCAUCCGCUUUGGCGGCACCAAGUCCCGCACCUACGUGCUGGCGGCGGAGAACCAGGCGGCCUUGGAGUCGUGGGUGAAGUCGUUGUCCCGAGCCAGCUUUGACUACAUGCGGCUGGUGGUGCGGGAGCUGGAGAAGCAGCUGCAGGAGAUGAGGCGGGGACUGGCCAGAGGCUGUGCGGGCUCCCGGGAGCCUCCCGGUCCUUGGAAGCCGUCGGGGCUGGAGCAGUGCCGGGAGCGGCUGCCCGCUCUGCCCGCCAUCCUGCCGAAGGAGAACGGCUGUGCGGUGUGGAACAACGUGCUGGGGGCGGAGCGGCUGCCCGACACCUCUGGCUGUGCUGGGCACGAUGAGGAGGGGACCCCGCGGCCGCCGCCGCUGCCGCCGCGCAGGCGGGUGUCGGACGGCGAGGCACAGAGCCCGUCCACCUUCUGCCGGCUCCACGAGCAGUACAGCCGGGAGGUGGCCCGGCUGCGGCAGGACUGGCAGCAGAGGCAGCGUGACCCCCGGCCCUAAGCGGGGGAUGAGCCCUGGGAACUUACCAGGAACUGGGGCAGGGUGCAGGUGGUCAUCCUUGGUGCUGGUCCAGUCCCCUCCUCACCCCGGGCUGUGCAGGCCUGGCUGUGGUGGUGAUGGACACCUUCUGGUGGUGCCAACGAGGGUUUGGCAGCAAGGGAUGCCUGUGCUGGUCUGUGAUGGUGAAAUGGGCAUCACAGGGGUGCCCUCCAGCCAUGCCCCCGUGUGGGUGUGGGGAGCUCCACUGAGCACAAGCAAACUACAAGCCAGUCACGGGCUGAGGCCUCCUGGCAAUCGACCUCUGCUCUGCCUCUGCUAGGGCCUCUUGAUGCUCUGGCAGUGGGAUCACACAUUGACAGCUUUUGGAGGAGGAUUUUGAUGGGAUCUCACCCGCCUGAGUGCCCGUGUGGCUGUUCCACAAUGGAGAGCCUGCUACCAACUUCCCCUCCCGGCCCAGCACAAGGCUGAGGUCGGCUGAGCUCUGCCAGAUCCCUCUGCUCCAGCAGGAUGUGGUUUGAAAUGUAAAUAUCAGUGAGUGCAGCCCUUCCUUAACAGCAGCAGCAGCAGCAGCAGCAGCUUCACAUGCUCCGGGGAGCUGGUGACACCCAGCCCUGGGCAUUACGCAGGGAGGAAUUGCUGCCUGCAGCCUGGAUGGUGAAUAUGGGGGGAUCAGAACCUGGGGGAAUUCAGCAGCUGCAGGCACUGCCUUGCUGGUGGAUAUUUUGGGACAGCACAUCAUCCCCGUGCCAGCUCACUGAGGGGAAGCAUCGCUCGUGGUGGCAAGUGGGAACAAGUGUGUCAGCAGCAGAGCGUGAGGAAUGAGUCAUGUGCCAAACCAGAGCAAAGCUGGAGUCUCAUGCUUGUAUUUCUCUCUUAUUUCCACAACAGACACUCAAGGUGCUGGCCCAGAGGUGGGGUGACCCAUGCUGGAGCAGGUGGGAGCAGUCAGGGUGCCCUCACUUAGGGCUGGAAGGCUUCAGCUC